AUGGAUGAAGAAUUCGGUUUUCCUCUAGAACUUUUUGUUCACACAGUGGACCCAAAUUAUGUUUGUCCAGUUUGGUAAGUUUAAAGUCGUUUAAGAAGAAAUUAUACAAAAAAUCACAUGUCUAAAUUCGUAACCACAGCCAGCGAUAACAUUCCAUUAUCCGCAUACCAAAGCGUGAAAUAUGCUAGCAGAAGCUCCCUUAAAAUGUAGUCAAUCAUGAAAUACAAUAAUAUUUUCUAUCCUUGUGUUUCCAAUGUUAAGGUAAGUAGAAGAAAUUGAUCAUGACCAGAUUUGGUUUGUGGCAGUAGAUUGAUGAGGUUGGGGUGGGGGGAGGGGGGUGGGGUUGAGGUCGACAAGGGUGUUGCCUUGUGUUGGGAUGAGUUGCUAGGAGAAUUGCCGAGAAAAUUUGGUUUCUAGUAUAAACGCAUUAAAUGAUUUUGUCACCGCAUUCUUUUUCAGUCUUGCGGUAAUGCGAAAUCCAGUCGUGUGUAACAAAGGUCACACAAUGUGUGAGAAAUGCCUUGAAACGGCCAUGUUCAAGGGCAAUGGAAAUUGCCCUGUCGACCGUACUUUUGUGGGGGCUGUGCUACCUGUAAGAAACUUGGCAUUGCAGUCCAUGAUUGACAAGCUUCAAAUGAAAUGUCCAAAUGAAGCUGGAUGCAGCUGGAGUGGGCCUCUGGAAAGUGUCCCACAGCACCUGAAAGAGUGCCCCAUGGAAAUGGUCAAAUGCACCAACACGGACUGUACUGUAUCAGUCUACCGAUAUGAAUUAAGUGGACAUUUGGAGAAGUGCCCCCACCGGACCAAAGACUGUCAGCAUUGUAGUGCUAAAGUGAAAUUGGUCAAUUUGCCAAGACACAAUGAUAAUUGUCCAAAGAUAGCUUUGGAAUGCCCAAACAAAUGUGGUGUAACCCUGUUAAGGUAUGUUAUCCAAGUUUUCUCAAUUUGUUUCAUUUAG